AUGACGGAUUUUACACCGGACGAAUGGGAGAGAUUAAUGAGCGCGACGCACUGUCGCGUAUGCGAGAAACCGUUUGAAUCGGAAGACGCUCGUGUGCACGAUCACUGUCAUCUAACCGGACGGUAUAGAGAUCCGGCGCAUUCGAAUUGUAAUUUAAAUUAUAAGGAGACUUACGUAAUUCCCGUAUUCUUUCACAAUUUAUCGGGCUAUGACGCGCGUUUUAUCAUUAAAGAUGUGGCUAACGCCUUUCCCGGCAGCGUCGAACUGUUGCCGCUAACGAAGGAAACGUACAUCUCUUUCGCGAAGAACGUCGAGGAUGCGUCGAACGAGGGAUGGUUCGGGAAACGCCUGAAAUUUCGCUUCGUGGAUUCUUUCAAGUUUCUAAGCGCGAGUCUCGAAAAAUUGGCGUCGUAUCUCGACAAGAGCGAGCUGAGGAUCGCGCGUUCGGAAUUUUCCGAUCUCGACGACGCUGAUUUCGAGCUCCUCGCGCGAAAAGGCGUGUUUCCGUAUGAGUACGUCGAUGACGUUGAUAAAUUACUGGAGACUCGUCUACCGCCGCGCGAGGCUUUCCACAGUUCGCUGACCGGUGACGUGAUAUCCGAGAGCGAUUACGCGCGCGCGAUAAGAGUCUGGGAGCGGUUUCGCGUCGAGACGUUGGGCGACUAUAGCGAUUUGUAUUUAAAAACCGACGUUCUUUUAUUGGCCGAUGUAUUCGAAAAUUUUCGCGAUGCGUGUAUGAGAAGUUAUAAUUUAGAUCCCACGUACUAUUACAUGUUACUUGGAUAUACGUGGGACGCUAUGUUAAAGCAUACGGGUAUUCGAUUCGAGUUAUUAACCGACAUCGAUAUGGUGAUGUUCGUGGAACGCGGCGGGCUAAGUCGAUGUUCCAAUAAAUACGCGCGCGCUAAUAACAAGUAUUUACAGACUUACGAUCCUUCGGAAUCGUCGGCUUAUCUCAUGUAUUUCGAUAUAAAUAAUUUAUACGGAUGGGCGAUGAGUCAAUCGUUACCUUACGAAGAUUUUCGAUGGGUCGACGACGUCGCGAGCGUCGACUUGAUAUCCGUGACAUCGAACUCGCCUAUCGGUUACAUUCUAGAGGUCGACCUUGCGUAUCCGUCCAACCUUCACGAUUCUCACGCGGACUUGCCGUUCUGCCCGACGCGCGAUAAGCCACCCGGAAAACGUGACGAGAAACUUCUCGCCACGCUAUACGAUAUGAGUCGUUACAUGACGUAUUAUCGCAAUUUGCAGCAAUGCGUUCGACACGGAUUACGCGUUAUGAGGAUACACAGAAUAUUACAAUUCGCGCAAUCCCCAUGGCUGCGCGGAUACAUCGAACUGAACACGCGACUACGAAUUAACGCGAAAAACGAGUUCGAGAAAAAUCUUUACAAAUUGAUGAAUAACGCCGUGUUCGCCGUGGAAUUGCGCAAACUCGAGAUUAAGUUCAACAAACCGGUUUACGUGGGUAUGUGUAUUCUCGAUGUGUUUAAGAUUCGUUUGUACGAAUUUCUCUACGAGUAUAUGCUACCGUUGUAUCGAGAUAAAUGUGAAAUAAUGUACAUCGAUACGGAUAGCCUCAUUUAUCGCAUCGAGUGCGAGGAUGUGUACGAGGAUAUGAAGCGUGAUAUCGACAGAUUCGAUACGAGCGAUUACGCGGUGGACAACGCGUAUGGUAUGCCUCUUGCUAAUAAGAAAAUACCUGGUGCGAUGAAGGACGAGAACUCCGGCGCGAUUAUGACGGAAUUCGUCGGUCUCAGAGCGAAGAUGUACGCGCUACUAGUCGACAGUAGAAACGAUACGAAAAGAAUUAAGGGUGUUAAGAGCGGCGUCGUCGCGAGAACGAUAACGUUCGAAGAUUACGCGCGCUGUCUUCGACGAAGAAUCGAGAUGAGGCACGAACAGUCUUGCAUAAGAUCCAAGUUACACGAGGUGUAUACGGUGUCGGAAUUGAAGGUUGCGCUCAGCCCACAUGACGAUAAACGAUACGUGAUCUGGAGGAGGAGCAGAGCGCUCUGCGCAUUACAUUAUAGAGCAGGUAGUAAUACAGACAAUGAGGCGUCUUUCGCACUGAGUUCGAUGCUCGAUCGUAUACUAGAAUGUCGGUUGAGAAUUUACAACGAGAAUGACGAAAACGCAUACGACACGAGCGAAUUAAACAACAGCAGCGCGAAUGGUCUAUGA